UAAAUGUACGAAUACAUAGGAAGUACAACUGUGGCCAUCUUGACGUUCUUUACCGUGGUCAACUUACAGGCUGCGUCAUGAGUUCGUUAAAGCUACAGAAGAGGCUUGCAGCCUCUGUUAUGCGAUGUGGUAAAAAGAAGGUCUGGCUGGAUCCUAAUGAAAUCAAUGAAAUUGCGAAUACAAACUCCAGACAAAGCAUUAGGAAGCUGAUCAAGGAUGGUCUUAUCAUUAAGAAACCUGUAGCUGUCCAUUCUAGAGCCAGAGUUCGUAAGAAUACUGAAGCUAGACGUAAAGGACGUCAUUGUGGAUUUGGUAAAAGGAAAGGUACAGCAAAUGCCCGAACACCACAGAAGGAUUUAUGGAUCCAAAGGAUGAGAGUUCUACGUAGACUCUUGAAGAAGUACCGGGAAACUAAAAAGAUCGAUAGACAUUUGUACCAUUCCUUGUACAUGAAAGCCAAAGGUAACGUCUUCAAGAACAAGAGAGUUCUGAUGGAAUUCAUCCAUAAGAAGAAGGCUGAGAAAGCCAGGGCAGAGAUGCUUUCGGAUCAAGCCGAGGCACGCCGUACGAAAGUCAGGGAAGCGCGUAAACGUAGGGCAGAACGCAUUGCUACUAAGAAACAAGAGUUGUUGCAAUCCUACCAGCGCGAAGACGAAGCCGCGGCAGCACAAAAGAAGUGAUCCAAGGACUUAUGUAUAUAUUUUUUAUCGUAUAAAUAAAACAUGAUAAUCUUA